AUGCCUAGUAAACCCGUCCGUCGCAGGGACUACCUCAAUACGCAAAAGACAUUACGGGCAGAGGGCAGCACAAUCGACCUGCCCAAGAAACGCUUCUAUCGUCAGCGAGCACACGCCAAUCCCUUUUCGGAUUAUGCUUUGGAAUAUCCCUUGUCCCCGGCCCAUAUGGACUGGGCGUCGCAUUAUCCCGCCUUCAUAGACCCGGAUGCGUCGAAGCUUACUUUGUCUGGUACACGAAAGCUUCUCAAGGAUGUAGAGGUUGCUGAUAUCGGAUGUGGGUUUGGUGGACUGUUGAUCGGAUUGGCGCCAGUGCUACCAGAGACGUUGAUGGUUGGUCUGGAAAUCCGAGGCCAAGUAACAGAAUACGUCAAAGUCCGUGUCGCAGCUCUGCGCAACCAACAACUCAAACUCCGCACCGCCUCAUCAUCAACCUCAACGCCUCUCCCCACAGCAGAAGAGCCAGAAAUCACAAGCAACGAGAACCAUGAAGAUCUCCCAGAAGACGCCCCCGCCCUCCCCGACAGCAACCAACAAGCUCAGACUUUGAUCCCAGGCGGUUACCAAAACAUCUCCGCCAUUCGCGCCAACACCAUGAAAUUCCUCCCCCGAUUUUUCGCGCACCACCAACUCUCAAAGAUCUUUAUUUGUUUCCCCGAUCCACAUUUCAAAGCCCGCAAACAUAGACAACGCAUCAUCUCGUCGAGUUUGAAUGCGGAAUAUGCGUUUGUGCUGAAACCUGGUGGACUCUUGUAUACGAUUACAGAUGUGGAGGAGUAUCAUUAUUGGGUUUUGAGGCAUUUCGGGGUUUUGGACCAUGCCAAUCCCGCCACCUCUGAAAAUGGCGCUGAGACUACAGCUCAGGAGAAAGGUAGUGCAGAGGAAGAUGAUGAAGAUGAGGAUGAUGAGAAUUCGGGUGUAGCACGUGUCAGGGAGUUGUUUGAGCGUGUAUCAGAUGAGGAGUUGGCGGCUGAUGAGUGUGUAAAAGUCAUGCGUGAAGAGACGGAGGAAGGGAAAAAAGUUGCCAGGAAUAAGGGGCCUAAGUUUGUGGCUGUUUUCAGACGGUUGCCGGAUCCUGACUGGUCUAUGUCAUAA